UCGAUGUGAGCUGGGACAAGAAAUAAUAAAAAGGGGAAAAAACUUUAUUUUUUACUUAUUUAUAUCCUUGUUUCGCUACCCAACCCUCUGCGGUGUGCUGUCUCCUUCCUCUGCUCUUCUGCCUCUGUCUCUCUCUCGCUCUCUCUCACACAGACACCAUGAUAGCUUCUUCUUCGUCAGCGUGUCGGAGUAAAACGGAGGAAGCCGGCCGGAAAGCCCAACCGCCGACCAAGUGGCGGGCCACAGCGCAGCAACGGGUAUACGGCCGCCGCCUCCUCGACGCCCUCCGCGCCACCGCCGGAGGCGGAGCGCGGGCCGUCAAGGCCGCUGCUGACUCUGCCCUGGCCCUCACCGCCCGCGGCCAGUCCCGCUGGAGUCGGGCCAUCCUGCUUGGCCGCCGCCGCAACCGCAACCGCCGCAACCUCCUCCAAAUCAAGGACAAGAUCCGCAGCGACCGCGGGCGGACGAGGCCGGCGUCGGCGCCGAGGGGGACGGACCGGUUGCGGGUGCUCCGGAGGCUGGUGCCCGGAUGCCGGAAGCUGUCGGCAGCCAGUGUCCUGGAGGAGGCAGCCGACUACGUGGCAGCGCUGGAGAUGCAAGUGAAAGCCAUGAGGGCGCUGGCUGAUGCGUUCUCGGGGGCGGCGAGAGCGGCCGCGACCGAAGCGCAAAGAGGCGCCUGAUUGGGAAUUUCUUGUACCAUGAUUUGUUAAGCUGUUCAUCUGGAUUUGAUCUCCAAACUGUAUUAGGAUGAGACGUGUACUGAUAAUAGCAAAGAUGACACCAGGAAACUGAUUGACUCUCUUGAUUUUAUUGCAAGGCAUUUGAUCGGAUUCUUUCUUCCUGACAGAUUUAUCACACACUGUUGCCUCCACGUUAAAGAAUUCAUGUUGUAUUCUAAAUUGGUGGCGUGUAUCCAAGGAAAAAGUCGCCGGAGCCAGCAG